AUGGAUCCUACAACCUACACAGAUCCGCAGUUAACCCUGCAGGAUCGACUGGUGAUCGAUGCCCUGGUCAAUGAACCAGCUUCAAGUAGCGAAGCAAGAUCAGAGCAGCUGAAAUUAUCACAAAAGCUCUAUGACAUGAACGAUGCUUCCCAUUCAACAUUUGACCCAACUGUCUUUCAACUGUGGGAUAACACAUUAUUACGGGAUAGGCUCCCAGCCCCAAUCCAUCGCUAUGUACUGCAGCCUUAUCAGAAAUGGGCCCAGGGCGUUGUGCGUUUCCCGACAGAUGUCGUGAUGCUUACGCAUCUAAUUCUGUACUUCACCACACUGGUCCCUAGCGCCAUCUAUCUUUAUUACAAUUUCUCCUGGUGGCGCGGUGUCCUGCACUGGGCCAUGCAGUUGUUCUACUGCGGAGCCUUCACCCUAAUGAAACACCAGCAUAUCCAUAUGGGCGGCGUCCUCAUGCCUCAAUAUUGGCUUUUCGACACGCUGUUCCCGUAUCUCCUGGAUCCCUUGCACGGGCAUACGUGGAACUCUUAUUUCUACCACCACAUCAAACAUCACCACGUCGAAGGCAACGGCGCUCUGGAUCUCAGUACCACCAUGUUCUAUGACAGAGACAGUGCGGCCGACUUUGCCUGCUACCUGGGUCGCUUUUUCUUCUUGAUCUGGGCUGAGCUUCCCCGCUACUUUUGGUCCAAGGGACAGAAGAAGUAUGCUUGCAAAGUUGCAUUCUGGGAGCUGGGCAACUACCUUGCCAUCUACCUGCUGUAUAACUACGUCAACGCCCGCGCGACUGUUUUCGUGCUGAUUCUCCCGCUGACGGUCAUGCGCAUUGGUCUGAUGGUUGGCAACUGGGGACAGCAUGCCUUUGUGGACCCGAGUGAUCCCGAUUCCGAUUGGCUCUCGAGUAUCACGCUUAUUGACGUCCCGAGCAAUCGAUUCUCUUUCAAUGAUGGCUACCACACCUCGCAUCACCUCAACCCUCGCCGCCAUUGGAGAGAUCAUCCGGCAUCAUUCAUCAAGCAGAAGGACCGCUAUGCCGAGGAGCGGGCUCUUGUGUUCCGCAAUGUGGACUACAUUUUCAUCACUGUGAAUCUGCUGCGGAAGAAUUACAUCCACUUGGCGAAAUGCCUGAUUCCGAUUGGAGAUCAGGUCAACAUGACCCUCGAGGAACGGGCAGAGAUGUUACGGACUCGGACCCGCCGUUUCCGUCACGCAGACCCCAAGAAGAAUUCCUGA